GACCAUGGAUGAAGCCAUGUGGUGGUAUCAUCAUGCCUCUCAGGAAGCUCUGGAGUAGGACGGCUAUCUCUUUCUCCAUCUCGACGCUCCUCCAGAUGACUUCCCAGCUGUGGUUUCUCAUCCUCUGUAGCUUGACAGCUUCAUCCCAGCUGAGGUUAGAGGAUGUUUUCUUUAGUCCUCAGGACCAGACAGUUAUGGAAGGAGAAGGAGUGUUUCUCCAGUGUGUGUCCGGAGAAAGCUCACCUCCUGCAACCAUCACCUGGCUCAAAGACGGCAACCCGGUCACAAGAGGCAGACAGAUUCACGGUGAGUAUGGAGGUGGUCACCAGAAGAAGACUUCAGGAACUCUGCAUCUUUUCAACACAACCCUAGAGGAUGAUGGGAUAUAUAUCUGUGUCACCUACAAUCCUUUAAUGGACAUCAAAAAGGAGAGCAGGCCGGCUAAAAUAACUGUGCAAGGGGUCCCAAAAAGGCUGCACAUCCUUCAUAGUCCUGAAAACAUCACUGUUGCCGUGGGAACAAAGGCCUCCAUGCACUGUGUAGUUCGUGGCUUCCCAGUUCCCAUGGUGCAUUGGUUCAAAGACGGCUACCUCCUGACCAAUGGUUCUGCCUCAUUCAUUCUUCAGAACAAUGACCAGCUGCUCAUAUUCAGGAAUGUGACGAAGGGUGAUGAGGGCUCCUAUCACUGUGAAGCAUCCAAACAGAAAGAGGCAGUCAGGUCACAGGCGGGCUUCCUCAUUCCAGCUGAGAUGGACUGGAGUUUCGUCCAGCAGCCCACAAACAUGGUUGUGAGAAGAGGCGAGAAUGUAACGGUCACCUGCAGGCCUCCUUACAGCAGACCCACAGCUCAGGUCUCCUGGUUCAAAAACAACCAACUUCUCCCUCCAGCAGCUCAUGUGACUGUGCUGCACAGUGGAGAUCUUUUCUUCAACAGCAUCCAAGAGAAUGACAGCGGCAUCUACUUCUGCAGGGCCUCAAACAGCCACCUUCAAAGACAUCUCAGCUCGAUAAGAGCAAGCGUUACUGUGCUGGCGCCUCCAUCAGUGAAGGUGUGGCCCCAGGUGCUAACGGUGCCAGUAGGGGCCCAGGUGGUGCUGGAGUGUCAGGUGUCGGGUCAUCCUCCACCUUCCAUCAGCUGGGUAAAGAGAGGCUGGUCCAAGAAGACCGGAGGCAGGAUUGCUGUUGGAUUCCGAAAUGCCUCCCUGCACAUCCAGUCAGCCCGGAGCUACGACGAGGGGGAGUACGUGUGCGAGGCUUCCAACACACUGGGUCAAAGCCACAGCGCCGCACUGCUGAAAGUUGCUGUGAGUCCCAUCAUCGUGACCUCUGCAGGACAGCUGAGCAGCAGAAUAGCGGCUUCAGCGGUCAUGCCGUGUACGGCUGUCGGGGUUCAGCCCAUCACAUACACCUGGAGCAGGGGCACAGCAGAGACACGCUCCCCCAUCGCAGCCACAGGGCGUACACACGUCGAUGAAGAUGGCGCUCUGCAUAUAUCCAGUGUGCAGUGGUCUGAUGCUGGGGAAUACUACUGUACUGCUCAGAACCGAGCAGGACGACAUCAGAGACGCACUGUCCUCACCGUCACAGGUGUACUCACUCCACCAUGA